AUGCCGGCUAAGGAUGAUGAGUCUCAUCCUAUCCAAUUACUGAUGAAAGACUUUUUCCACGUUACCGAUAAAAAGUCACGACCACGGAUAUUCGGCUCCAUUGUUGUGUCUCCAGACGCGACAUUUUACUUUGACAUUAGUCUCCUCAAGCUCGAGAACGUCCUCGAUGCAAAGUAUCAUGGUUUCACGGAUGCAACACGCGAUUCGAUUCUUUCCCUACCAGACAAGCCUAUGGAGCUGGUCGUCUUCUACGACCCGCAGGUCCAUAUUGUCGACACCCCGUUACUCAAACGUUUGCUUGUACAUGAUCCCCAUAUGUCACUUUUCAGGUCCCACUUUCGCAACUCGAAGCACGCUCUGAGUGAAAUAGGCGCGUGUGCCUGUGACCUUGUCUGGCGUCGUGCACUUAAGGACAUGGAAGCGGAGUCGGAUAUUAAUGAACCGGUCUUCGAGGAAGAUGAUGAGCUGCAAACUGGUUCCGAAGCCGCGAUUAGAAGUGCGAAAAGCAAAAUCAGGAAUACAAUUAAGAAUUGGCUAUUCACAAUGCCGAAUCUGGAUCAAUCAUCUCGAGGCUUCAAUAUCACCCCGAAGUUUGCGAGACUAAUGGAAGUGUUGAAGGCAUGUGAGCCACAAGGCGACGCAUUCCGUGGAAUCAUUUUCGUCCAAAAGCGCAGCAUUGCCUAUGUCUUAGCGGAUCUACUCCGGACUUUGGAUGAUCAAAUCGGAUUCAUUCGACCACAAGCCCUCGUAGGUCACGUACUGCAGUCGGACGUAUUAGAUGCUUUUAGGACGGGAGUUUACAAUUUACUUAUUGCGACGAAAUUCGCUGAGGAUCUAGAGAUUUGCUCGGCAACAAUUGUGAUAAGGUUUGAUCUGUUCGAGAGUCAGGUUUCAUAUGCGCAUUGUCGGGCACGCGCCCGUGGUCAACAAUGCCACCUUAUCCACAUGGCAGAGCGAGGAAGCGAUGUCCAUCGCCGUAUCCUAGCUGACGUUGCACGCAUAGAUCGGAGGAUGGAAAGAUGGGUCCAACGAGUCACAACGAGCGUUGGAAGUGCUAUUCCUCCUGUACCACUACGCGAAACAGUCGAUCCAUAUCGUUCUGAUAGCGAUGAUGAGGACAAUGACGAUCCCGAGAGCUUUGUACAGGAUCCGACAACGAGCGGACGCAUAUUUGUGCAGGAUGCUAUGACGGUGGUAUAUCGAUUUGCUUCUCAGCUUCCUGCAGCUGGAGAUGUAGAAAGACGACUAAAUAAGCCACUAUUCGAAUAUGAAGAACUGCAAGAUGGCCCGUCAUCUAAGACGAUGUACAUAUGCACAGUUUUACUUCCACCCGGUGCGCCGCUUCGACGAGUAUCAGGUUCACCAAGCCCGUCAAGGUCUCAGGCCCGCCGAAUGGCUUGUUAUCAAACAUGCUACGAGCUUUACAGCCUUGGUGCUCUCGAUUAUCGUUUGUUCCCUCGACCGCCUCUCCCAGCGACCAGACCACAAAGGACAACAUACAUUUCUGCUCAGAUGAUCGAAGAAAUGAGUGACCGGGAAGAAGAGGAGGCCCUGUUGCCCUCCAGGUUGCAGGAACAGAAUAGAGCGAUGGGGACACGCCUUUAUCCUCGCAAAAGACCAGACUUCUGGAUGAACACCCUACCGAUCAUGCGAGGAUGUCUAUAUCCGACUAUUAUUUACCCCGUCGUGGAUCCGAAUGCGAUUGAAGUUGGAGGUGUACACUCUCCAAUAUUGAUAUUGACUCGGCUUCCUCUUCCACCGCUCUUCCCAUUCAAAAUUUACUACUCUGGUGUUGCCGGGAAAGUGCAUUUCAAGCGCGGUGAAGCGUUCGAAGUUGAUGAUGACAUGCUUCAAGACUUGUACAAGUAUACCAUUCGAAUGAUUCGGAGUAUAACCAACAAGCCAUAUAUAUGUGCCCUGGACAGCAUCCCUUAUUUCCUUGCACCUCUAUAUAGGGACUUCAAGAUCGAUGUGGGUGAGGGUGGACCUGACGAUGGCCAGCGAUGGGAUUUUCCAAAUGUCGUUGAUCACAUACCUUGGGACAAAGUGCAACUAGCCGCAGCGAAGGCAGCUGCCGCACUUAAUACACAGGACGUGCAUACACUCAUUGCUGAUUCUGAGGAUGCGUUGAUACAAGACCGAUGGGCCGAGUUUACACGAAAGUAUUAUUGUGUAAGGAUGCGUCCUGAUCUCAAUCCUUUAUCAAAACCACAGGAUAGCCCUAGGGAGAAGGAUUUCGACAAUCUCGUCGAAUACUGUCGAGCACGUCGCAGGGGAUUUGAAGGUCUGCAGGACUACAAGCAACCUUUAAUAGAGGUCGAAGUCUGUUCGUCGUUGGUCAGCCAUCUCAAUCCGACUGCCAGGCAAAUCGCUGAGUCAAAGCAUCAUCCCGCCAAAUAUCUUAUUCCAGAACUGUGUGUCAAGUCUACGAUACCCGCAAGUGUUUACCGAACAAUAUCUUUAUUGCCAUCCAUUAUCAGCAAGCUCGAAGACUUCUUACUAAUAAAGGAGUUAAAUGCCAAGUAUUUUGACCACUCUAUUGCAGAGUACGACCUGCUUGCUGCUGUUUCGUCGCCAGCAGCGUUCGUGGAUGUUGACUAUGAACGCCUUGAACUACUCGGUGAUGCGUACUUGAAGUACUUGUCCUCUGUCUACCUCUUCGUAACAUUCCCUACUCUGCAUGAGGGGGCGUUGCACGUGUCUCGUCAACGGAUUAUCAGCAAUAGGUCUCUCUUGCGCAAUGCGAAUCGUUGUGGGUUGCCACAAUAUAUCCAGUCCAAGCCAUUGGCGCCAAGAAUGUGGUGUCCGCCGAACUUCAUAGUAUAUCGACCGCCAAAGAUGCAUCUUGAUGAGGAACCCAUGGACUUAGGAGAACACGAGCUGGAAGAAGGGGAGUUGCCAACUCAAGACCAGGUUCAAGAAGCCGAGGGUGCGAAAAAAGGCAGAGAGAGUGGUUCACAUGCAGGCGGGUCAGGUGAACCCAAGGUAGGGGAGACACAAACUAAUGAAAGCACCCCUAUGGAUGUUUCUGAUGAAAAUGGGGUUGGAAAGACAAAUGAUGGUCAGCCAAACUCCGGGACAGUGACGCCAGGCAAGAAAUCUAGCAAGAAGAAGAAGAAAAAGGAAAGCUUCAACACUCAGUGGCUCGGAGACAAAGCAGUAGCCGAUGUUGCGGAGGCGAUUAUAGGUGCCGCGUAUGUCACCGGCGGACGAGAGAUUGCGCUAAAGGUGACGAAGGCGCUGAACGUUCCGGUGCCCCACAUUGACCGAUGGUCGGACUUCGGGCGGAAGGCGCUUGCUCCCCCUCCGGAGGUGACGGCGAGGCUUCGGACCGGGUCCAUCCAGGCGGUAGAAGCCAUUAUCGGACACCAAUUCAAUCAUCCGCACCUUCUAGCACAAGCACUUACGCAUGCAUCCAUACAUGGGAAUGAAAUGACGAGCUACGAACGGCUGGAAUUUAUCGGUGAUGCUAUAUUGGAUUUCCUCGUUAUCCGUCACAUUUACGAUAGGGACAGCUCAUUGUCUCCGGGCGCGCUAACGUUAUUGAAGGGUGCGAUGGUCUCUAAUGCGGCUCUAGCGGCUGUCUGUGUUUGGUCGGGAUUACACGAGCACCUGCUAUUCGAGUCUUCGGCUUUGGAGAAGAGUAUUCAGAGCUAUGCUGUUGAGCUCGAGCAGAGACAGCUUGCUGAGCAUGAGCAAGCUGCACGUGAAGACCGGCAACCCGGACAGUACUGGGUUGAUGUCGAGCCUCCGAAAGCGCUUUCUGAUGUCGUUGAGUCAAUCUUUGGAGCGGUAUAUGUGUCGGAUAAUUUCUCUCCCAUUGGGGCAGAAAAAUUCUUUGACAAGGUGCUAGCGCCGUUCUAUGACCAACACAUCACGCUGCACACUCUUUCACAUCAUCCGACGAAAAUUCUAUUUGAGCUCUUCCAGUCACAAGGAUGUCAGAACUUUGAACUUGUCAAGGAUUCUAUUGAUUCCCGCGAGAACGAGUACAGCCAUACGGUCGAAAGUACAGUUAUUGUUCACGAUAUUGUUUUGGCGAGUGCAUCGGAUACGUCGGUAACAGCAUCUGCACGGCGUGCUUCAGAUAUAGCUCUAGAUGCGAUUGAGGGCGACCCGUCGUUCAUGGCGCGCUAUUGUGACUGCCGUGCUAUAAACCAGGCCAAAAAAGCUGCGAAGAAAGCAGGGAAAGCUGGCGCCUCGCGUGGUUCUGACAGUGAAAUGCGGGAUCCGUGA